AUGAAGUACUCCAUCGCCUUCAUCUCCCUCCUCUCGGCCCUCCGCGCCUUCGCCGAAGAAGCCAUUGUCGGCGGCGACGAAGCCUCCAUCGAGGAAUACCCCUAUCAAAUCCAGCUGCUCUCCAACGGCCGCCUCAUCUGCGGCGGCAGCAUCAUCAGCAACCAGUACGUCGUCACAGCCGGCCACUGCACCGACGGCUCCUCCGCCAGCAGCCUCAGCAUCCGCGCGGGGUCCUCUUCUUCCUCCGGCGGCGGCACCGUCGUCCGCGUCUCCUCGAUCGCGCAGCAUCCCGACUACGACGCCGCGACGACGAAUAACGAUAUCUCCAUCCUUACGCUCGCCGAGGACCUAACCUUUGGCCCGGGGAUCCAAGCCGUCGACCUCCCCACCUCAUCUGCCCUCCCAACAGCCAGAACAACCGCCAUCGCGACGGGCUGGGGAGCCCUGCAGGAGGGCGGCAGCGUCUCCGAGACCCUGCAGUACGUCGAGGUCCCCAUCGUCAGCAAGUCGCAGUGCGCGAGCGACUAUCAGGGGUUCAACGAGAUCACGGACAGCAUGGUCUGUGCUGGGGAGAGCGGCAAGGAUGCGUGCCAGGGGGACAGCGGUGGUCCGCUUGUUGCCGACGGUGUCCUUGUGGGGAUUACCUCGUGGGGCAAUGGCUGUGCGCGUCCGGGGUAUCCUGGUGUUUACUCGAGCCCGGCGUAUUUCCGGGAUUUUAUUGAGUCUGUUACUGGCAUCUAG